AUGCAGCUCCAGAUGGCCAAUUUUGGACUGGUGCACGGUGCGGGAGAGCCCCCCCUACUGGACGACAUAGCGAUGGACGUGCCGAUGGACGCGGUGACAAUAGAGUUCGGCCCUCCAGCCAGCUCCUGCAUCACUACGGGCUGCCUGUGGCCCAAGGGGAAGGACGGCAGAGUACACGUGCCAUACGUCAUCAGCAAGGACUUCUCUGCGUCAGAGAGGGCGGUGCUCCUGAGUGGUCUGCAGUCCUUCAGCUCGUCCACCUGCGUACGUUUCCGACCGCGACGCUCAGAACAAGACUACAUCGCAAUCUACUCCAACAACGGGUGUUACUCCUAUAUAGGGCGUCGUGGCGGUGAGCAGGCCGUGUCUCUAAGUCGUAAGGGCUGCCUCCACUACGGCACCAUCCAGCACGAGCUGCUACACACACUCGGCUUCAACCACGAGCAGACGCGCAGCGACCGAGACAAGUACAUACGCGUACUCUGGGACAACAUCAUAGAUGAUAAGAGGCACAACUUCAACAAGAUGAAAACACUGAACCAGAACACUCCAUACGACUACAACUCCGUCAUGCAGUACCACAUGUAUGCGUUCUCCAAGAACAAGAGGCCUACCAUGAUUCCCGUGUCCAAUCAGGACGUCGACUUCGGCCGCGCAACAGAGAUGAGUGAAAACGACAUCCUCCGAGUCAACAAGCUCUACAAAUGCCACAAAAGAAAGCGAGAAUGAACUGGCAAAACUGCCAAGACAUACAGCGCAGCAUAUGGAGACAGCUCAUCCUUUACCCA